AUGGAGCUCUCUCCGACGGUGCUCAAAUAUGGAAGUCUGUGCAUCUUGUGCGUACAAAACAGUCUCUUGGUAAUUCUAAUGCGUCUCUCGCGAGUCGGCAAUUUUCCGCGCUUUAUUCCUGCCACUGCCGUCUUUAUAGGGGAAGCACUAAAGUUGAUCACGUGUUUCGUCGUGCUUAUCCACGAAUUCCAUGGACUCGAAAAGCUACAGCGUCGUAAACGUCUGGGUGAUUCCUUCCGUGCCAUCACCAACAUGGGUGAAUUGCUGCGUGUGAGUGUACCGGCAAUGCUCUAUGUAGUGCAAAACAACUUGCAAUACGUAGCAGUAUCAAAUCUCGACGCAUCCACGUUUCAAGUCUUGUACCAGCUUAAAAUUCUGACGACCGCCAUUUUCUCGGUCGUAAUGUUACAACGAACAUUGUUGCUCACACAAUGGGGUGCUAUUGUCACAUUAAUGAUGGGCGUUGCACUCGUGCAAUUAGACGAGGGGUCAUCUGCUGCUACAGUGAAGUCGGAGCAGACAGUGCAGAGCACUACCAACGGACUAUUGGCGGUUAUCGCUGCUUGUAUGUGCUCGGGCUUUGCUGGCGUGUACUUGGAAAAAAUUCUUAAAGCUGCGGGCUCACAGACGUCCUUAUGGGAACGCAACGUGCAAAUGUGUUUUCUUGGACUUGUUCUCUCAGGUGGUGGUCUUGCAUACAAUGACUAUGAGUCCAUCAUGACUCGUGGAUUUUUCUAUGGCUACCGUCCUGUAGUUUGGGCGGCCAUUAGUUUCUCGGCUUUUGGUGGAUUGCUUACUGCUGUGGUCGUCAAGUACGCCGACAAUAUUCUAAAAGCGUUCGCAACCUCCAUCGCCGUCGUUCUCUCUGUCAUCCUGUCGGUGUUCGUGUUUGACAAGAUACCGACGGGUCAAUUCGUAAUUGGAGCAAUUCUUGUAAAUGGAUCGGUGUACGCGUACGGAAAAGCCCCCGAGUGGCGCAACGACCACUUCAAAUCUAUCCUGCCUGUUGUAGAUAAAGAAGACGCAAAGGAGGUCAAACACAUAGCCUAG